AUGGUGGCAACCACCGUGGCCGGCAACCAUGGUGGUUUUCCUUGCUUUUCCGGCAGCAGCAAUCCGAGACACCCUCAAGUUAGCAGAACAAGACUGCAACACACACACACACACACCCGCACUAACAGCGGCAGAGAACACCGAUCACAGUGGAACAGCCACGUGGCAGCGACGGUGGCCACGUUAAUACAACAGCAAAGGAACAAGUGGCGGAGGGCAGCUGCUCGAGCGGUGACGUAUCAGCAAACAGAACAGAGAGAAGAGGAAAAGGUGGUUCAAAUCACUAAGUACAUCAUCACCAAUGGCGACGAAGAAACAAUUACUCAAGUCCCCAUCAGCAGAUUUGUAAUCAAAAGCCAUGGGAGUAAGCUCGUCGACAUCCAUGGAAGGAGGUGGUGGGGAAGACCGGAGGUCGUAGGAAUGGAGAUGCCAGCUGCAACUCGGGGGAAAUAG